GGCCGCACCUCCGUCCCCGCGUCUGGUUGGGUCUGGGUGUGCUGCCGCUGUCUCUGCGCCACCACCACCACCACCGCAUCGGCACCAGCACCAGCACCAGCUGCGGCUGCUCCCAUCUUUUCUUCUCGAGGGAGAUGCUUCCGCUCCUCCUUAUAUCCACGCUCCCGGCCUUCACGCUGCUCCUCGUCGCGCCCGCCUCCUGCAAGCCCUGGAAGCUGGUGCGGGAGCUCGGCCUCGUCGCGCUGCUGCUGGCGCGGGAGCUGCUCCGGCACUCCGCCUCCGCCGCCGCGGGCGCGGGCAGGAAGGAGCAGCAGGCCGCCAGAAUGCCGCCGUCCAAGCCCAAGACGCCGCCGCCCGCAUUGGCGGAGGGCGACGCGGACGCGCUCCCGGUGCUCGACCUGCCGGAGCUGGCGCUGGAGCGCGUGCUGGAGGAGCUGUCCCCGGCGUCGCUCGCCGCGAUGGCGUGCGUCUGCGCGGGGCUCAGGGACCGCUGCUCCAUGGACGGCCUGUGGGCGCGCCACGUCCGGCGCAAGUGGGGCCGCGUGCUCGGCGCCGCCGCGCGCAGGGAGUGGCAGGCGGAGCUGGCCGCCAGAGCGGCCGCCGCCGCCCUCCCGCGCCCGGCCAGGCAGCGCGGCCUGGCGGACUCGCUGGCGUGCGCGUGGCCCUUCUCCUGGAUCGGGCGGCGCUGGCUCAAGGAAGACGCCGCCGCCGCCGCCCGCUCCGCACCCGCGCCGCCGGCGGACACGGUGGCCGCGUGGUACCGCGCGCUCGAGUGCGGCGACUUCUGGUUCCCCGCCCAGGUGUACAACCGCGAGCAGGACGGGCACGUCGGGUUCUUGCUCUCGUGCUACGACGCUCACCUCCGCUACGACCGGCGAACCGACACCUUCACCGCCAGGUACCCGCCCCACGGCCGGAAGCCGGCCAAGGAGGAGGAGGGCGUGCCGUGGUGCAGGGUCCGCGCGGCGCCGCUGAGCACGCCGGCGCAGGACCUCCACGCCUCGGCCUGCCUGGAGGACCUCCGCCCCGGCGACCACUUCGAGAUCCAGUGGCGGAAGAACAAGGACUUCCCCUACGGCUGGUGGUACGGCGUCGUGGAUCACCUGGAGCCGUGCAACGCCAACGAGCAUCUCUGCCGCUGCCAUGAAGAUGAUACGAUCAUGCUGGAGUUCAAGCACUACGCGGCCGGGUCGAGGUGGAGGCAGACGACGGUGAGCAGGAAAGACCACCGGGAGAAAGGGGACGAGACGGACGGCUUCUACGGCGGCAUCAGGAAGCUCCAGACCAAAGACGAGAUCUCAACGUGGCGGAGAUUCUGGCCGGUGGACGUGCUCAGCUGAACAUGGACAUAUAUCUGCCGCUCCGUUGUACAGCUGCUUGCCGGUGGUCGCCGAGCUGCGGCGUUCCUCUGAAGAAUGCACCCACCUGGUGGUGCUGCUGCUGCUGCCGCGCUUCUGAAUGUUUUUGGUACUACUGGAAAAUUCAGAUGGGUACGCCGGAUUCCAGAGUCCCAGCAGCAGUGAGAGGCAACGAUAGGCUUGUAUGUGAAUGAUGAUGUACAGCUCUACCAAGUCUUCAGUUUGCACCGUGCUGCUGCUGGAUCCUAGACUAGUAUUCCCUCUGGAAACAAAUAUAAGAGCAUUUAGAACACUAUUUUAGUGAUCUAAACGCUCUUACAUUUCUUUAUGGAGGGAGUAGAUUUCUGGUAUAGACCGAUGUCCAGUUGUAUUUUUCCGAGUCAUUGUAGCCAGUUAGUAGUAUAUCCAGUUACGCGGCUGCUUCGGACACGGAAAGCAACUUUGCCCUCACUA